AUGGAUAGUUAAUGUAAACUUGCAGAUGGAUAAUUUUAGAAUAAAACUUUCUGUUCAUUAUGUGAUUAUAUGACCUAAAUUACUCUUGUUUUGUUGAAAUAACAGAACCAUCUAUAUAAUUCUUAUGGCAAGCAAAUUGUUGAAAAUGUCUAAUGUCCAAAAAACUACUUUGAAUGUAUUGAUCAACCUAAUAAUUGUUUCAGUUGCAGAUUUUAAUAAAAUGAGAAUGGCAAUGUUGUAGAUGUGAAUCUGAAUUAGGCUAUUUUUUCAACGGUUUAAGAAAAAUCUGUUAACCAAUUUGUGUAGAUUAAAUUAAAGUUUAAAAUGAAUAAUAUGAUGUGGAAAUCUUAUUGA